UCUCCAUCCCGUCUCCCUCCCGUCCCCAUAUUCUGUCGUUUCUUCCCCAUCUGCACUUCUGUCUCAAUCCAUCAUCACACUCGUUAUUAUAUCAUCACCACCUCGCUGUCGCUCUUCGUACGAAAUCAAGAGGAGAAAUUUCGCUCAAGCAAGCCCGAAGAAAAGCUACUACUAAAACCGAUCGGCGGGCAAGACUAAAUCGACGCCAUCCCACGAGCUGUUGGCCGUGAUCCUCGCCCUAGCACUUGGCGAUAGCACCAACACCGCGCGACGAUGAGAUUCUUGGAGCAGAAGGCUGCCGUCGGCGCCGCUAUUGUAUUGCUGGCAGCUGUGUCUGAAGCAAGGCACUCGCACAACAGACCAGUGCAAUUGGAGAAUCUCGAGAGGAGGCAUGGACAUGGACACAGCCACAAGAAUGCUCACUCUUCGAGAGUAGAGCACGAGGACCAGCCGGCUUUGGAUAAGCGUGAUAUUUGCUCGUUCCCAUUGACUGCGGGUCUGGUCGCUGUUACUCCAGGCCGUACAAAUGCUGGGUGGGCGAUGAGCCCCGACCAGCCUUGCACUGCGGGCAAGUUCUGCCCCUAUGCAUGCCCACCUGGACAACUCAUGGGUCAAUGGGACGCCGACGCAACUACAUACUCAUAUCCAGCAUCGAUGAAUGGUGGCCUUAAAUGCGACAGCGGUGGUAAAAUCAAGAAGCCAUUCCCAAACAAGCCCUAUUGCUACCAGGGAACCGGUUCCGUCUUCGCCCACAACGAGUGCAGCCACUCCGUCGCGUACUGCCAGACUGUGCUCCCCGGAAACGAGGCCAUGCUCAUCCCUACUAAUGUGGGCAGUGAUCAAACUAUAGAAAUCGCAGUUCCUGACACAGAGUACUGGGCAUCGACGGCGGCACACUACUACAUCAACCCACCUGGAGUUUCUACGGCGGAGGCAUGUGUUUGGGGCGAUGGAUCCAAGCCGAUUGGUAACUGGAGUCCGUAUGUUGCCGGCGCCAAUACCGAUGGCAGCGGACAUACAUUCGUCAAGAUCGCCUGGAAUCCUAUCUAUACCGGCGAAUCGAGUUUCUCGAACGAGCUCCCCAAGUUCGGUGUCAAGAUUACUUGUGAUGGCGGUGGCUGCAACGGCCUGCCUUGCUCUAUCGACCCCGCCGUAGUCAAAGUCAACGGUGUGACGAGCGGCAAUUCGGCAACCGGUGCCGGAGGUGGCAACUUCUGCGUUGUCACUGUGCCAAAGGGUUCAAAGGCAAAGAUUGAGACGUUCGACGUAGGCGGAUCAUUCGGUGGAGGUGGUGGCGGAGGCGGUAAGGGAACAACUGAGCCAUCUUCCUCCCACGAUCCCACUCCAACCCCGACACCAACGCCCACCCCAACACCUACUCCAACACCAACCCCCACACCCAGCCCCAGCAGCUCUUCGGCUGAAAGCUCCUCCUCCUCAAGCGAGUCCAGCAAGUCCAGCGAAUCCAGCACUAGGGAGUCCAGCACUAGCGAGUCCAGCAGCAGCAGCGAAGAGAGCAGCAGUGACGAUACCACAUCCGCCACUGUCCACCCCACCGUCCUGCCACAGAUGCUAUUUGAGAAUGAUACCGCCCUCUACAACAACGCGGCGCCCACCGGAGUGGCCUCCGCCGUACAGCAAGGCGACUCCAAUGCCUCUAAAGGCGCGGCUCCUUCGACUAGCAGCCCUAGCGUCGCCAACUCCAUCUCCCUGCAAUCGAGCUUCGUCGCUCUCGCAGCGGCCUUCGCGGCGUGCAGCAUGUUACUAUAAGCCAGACAUCAUUAUCGCCAUGCAUAUUUACGGAUAAGGUCUACGGACCACCUCGCCAUACUACUUCGCUGUAUAUACGAUAUUUAACUAUUUUGCUUCACACAUACCCGGGUUCGCAACAGCGAAACGCCUAUUUUCACGAUAGUUUAUGGGAUAUUUAGGAUGAAUUUUUAUUUUUUGAACGUCUUAUACCCCCCUUGAUCAUAAUUCGGCCGGCAGGGAUCGGAGAGAAAACCGGAUUUUUUACAUUCGCAAUUACGACUGGCCGCCUCAAGAGUUUUGGAGGCGUGCUGAGUUUUUUUUAUUUUAUUCAGCUCACUUGAGCGUAUUCUUAUAUUCUAAAAUUUGGAGCUUUCAGGCUUUAGAUAUUUGGGAGGGAGCGAGGGGGAAGCACAAAAUAUGAAAAGAUGAGAUAUUACGAGAUUGGUGUGGUGUGGAAGUUAUGAGGGAUGUGCAUGCGCAUCUUUUAUAAGUUAUCUAUGCUAUAUAUAUAAUCUACCUACAGUGCCUCGAAGGGGGGAUGGGGAUAUUUAGGAUAGAGAA